UCUGGACACGGCAUGUACGCGCGUGUUGUGUGUGUUGUGUGUGUUACUCUUAACUUAUUCCAGCAAAGUUGUUUACCGGGCUAAGCUGUGCGGUGGCCGAUAAACCGCCGAUGGGUUUCUGCGCUUGUGGGUUCAACGACAAUAACAAGAAGGAGAGCGGCAGCGAAUGGGAUGACGAGCCAGCUGCAUCUGCCACAGCCAAGGCUGAUGGCCUCUGCCUCAGAGUUGUCCCUCUCUAAGAGCCCUUCUCUGACCAGCCAGGUCCACGCUGCCGCCAUCAAUGGGGAUCGCUCCGCACUGCAAAAGAUUGUUGCAGCAAACCCAGAGUUUAGGGAUGCUCCGGAUCAGUUUGGGCGCACGCCGCUCAUGUAUUGCGUGCUGGCCGACCGGCCAGAGUGUGCCGAGGCCCUUCUCAAGGCUGGGGCCAACGUCAACAAAACGGACAAGAGCAAGCGCACCGCUCUGCACCUCGCUGCACAAAAGGGGAACUACCGGAUCCUGAAGCUGCUACUAAGCCGCCGAGCUAGUCUGCUACAAAAGGACCUGGAGGGCAUGACCGGCCUCCACCUGGCAACACGGCACGAGACCCCCAGAUGCCUUGCUCUCCUCCUCAAGCACACAGAGCCUGGUGAGGUGGAUGUGCAGGACAACCAGAAGAGGACAGCACUGCACUGGAGUGCCUACUACAAUCACCCGGAGCAUGUGCGGAUGCUCAUCAAGCACGACUCCAAUAUUGGCGUACCGGACAGUGAGGGCAAGAUACCGCUGCACUGGGCAGCCAACAACAAGGAUCCCUCGGCCGUCCACACUGUUCGUUGCCUGCUGGAAGCCACGCCGACCGAUUCCAUCCUCAACUGGCAGGACUACGAGGGACGCACGCCCCUCCACUUCGCCGUGGCUGAUGGCAACGAGGCAGUGGUGGACAUCCUGACAUCGCCGCAAGUCUGCAACGUCAUGGCCUACGACAACCUCUUCCGCACCUCGCUGCACUGGGCCGCGCUGCUCGGUCACGCUAAAAUAGUUCACCUACUGCUGGAGAGGAACUCCUCUGGCACCAUUCCCUCAGACAGCCAGGGAGCCACGCCCCUGCACUACGCUGCUCAGAGCAACCAUGCGGAAACGGUGGAAGUGUUCCUUUCGCACCCAUCGGUGCACGACGAACCUGACCUGGAGCGCCGCACGGCGUUCAUGUGGGCGGCUGGCAAAGGCAGCGAUGCCGUCGUGAGCACCAUGCUGCGCCUCAUUUCCAACCUCGACGUCAACCUCGCCGACAAGUACGGCGGCACUGCGUUGCACGCGGCCGCGCUUUCCGGUCAUGUGAGCACGGUGCGUCUGCUGCUGGCCCACGGGGCGCAGGUGGAUGCAGCCAAUGUCAUGAAGCACACGCCGCUUUUCCGCGCCUGCGAGAUGGGCCACAAGGAGGUUAUCGAGACCCUGAUUGAAGGCGGUGCGCGGGUGGACUUGGUGGACCAGGAUGGACACUCCCCUCUGCACUGGGCAGCUCUGGGUGGAAACGCAGACAUCUGCCUUAUCCUAAUUCGGAAUGGUAUCCACCCAGACGUGCGGGACCAUGUGCGCCGCACCCCGCUCCAGUGUGCGGCAUACGGAGGCUAUAUCAACUGCAUGGUUGUUCUGAUGGACAGCCAGGCUGACCCUAACAUACAGGACAAAGAGGGCAUGACAGCGCUGCACUGGUGCUGCAACAAUGGUUACCUGAACGCAGUCAAGCUCCUGUUAGAGUACGGAGCCUUCUCUAACCACAUGGAGACCAACGAGGAGAGGUACACCCCCCUCGACUACGCCCUGCUCGGAGGGCACCAGGAGGUGAUCCAAUACAUGCUUGAGCAUGGGGCCCUCUCCAUCGCCGCUAUCCAGGACAUUGCUGCGACCAAGAUCCAGGCCGUGUACCGCGGGCACCGUGUGCGCCGCUCCUAUUUGGACCGGAAAAAGUUGCUCAUGAAACACGAGCAGCUGCGCAAGCAUGCAGCCAGGAAGAGAGAGGAGGUGAACAGGAGAAAAGAGGCAGCGCAGCAGCUAUUGAAGAUUGGAGAAAGUGGUGCCGAGGCCCAAAAUCAAGAGAGGCUCGUGCAGCAGGGGGUCCACAGGAAGGAGCCUUGUGCAGAGACCACGCUUGAAGGAGGAGAAUGUGGACGACACGCUCGUGAGCAGGAGAGAGCGAAGCAAGCACUGUCUGCCACGGGCACCCGUGGUCCCACCAGGUCUGGUGCUCCAGAGAAGGCCCCAUCCAAUAGCGCUGGUGGUGAGGCACCAGAGAGAGCUGAUGCUGCCACUCUGCAUCAUUCAGCCUCUGAGGGUGAACUGCGGGCAUCUAUCGCGGGCCGCGGAGCGACCACCAAAGCAAAAAGCAUCCAGCAGCUGCCUCAGCCCGACACCACCAGUCCGAGUCCCAGGAGCGGCAGCAAAGAACCGCCGCCGCCUGGAAGCGGGAGCGGGGGCGGUGGCGGCGGCAACAGCAAUGGUAGUAGCAUUGAGAAACGCAGCUCGGCUGGGAGAAAAAUCAAAGCUGGCGACGUUGCAAUUGGUAACCAGGUUAGACCAGAGAAACAGUCGGGUGGAUCACAGCAGCAAAACAGCAGCGAGGACGCAAAGAAAGAGAAAAAGCACCAUUCAAAGUCUAGAAAGGAGGGCAAAAUGUGUGCAGAUGGCAGUGGGUACUGCUGCCACAAGCACUCGCCGGGUUUGUGUGGACGGACCUCACCGGUUUUGAGCAGUGACAGAAGGGAUGCCAAGCAUUCACACAGAGGCACAUGCAGUGAAUGUAAGUAUCGGCAUCCAGAGAAGUCGGGGAAAUCAAAAAGCACACAUAACAACUUGUCAAGAAUAAACGAAGAUGCUGUACUCGGAGCUUCGGCGCAGAAUCGAACAUGUUCGGCACAUGGUAUGCAAAUUAGGCCAGAGAACGACGAAGAAAUACCUCACGUCACAAAAACAGAAUCAGCAAAAUCCUCGCCACAAAUUUGCAAGAGAAGUGAAAGAGAGUAUCCAAGAGGAGGGGGUGGCGGCAGGUGGGAGGCUGGAGGCAAAGGUCACGCGCUGCCCAUUCCACACGGCUCGAACAUUAUGGAGCUGGCACUUGAGGUGCGACUGCAGAUCGUACAACGGGAGAGGAGGCGCAAGGAUCUCUUCCGGAGGAAGCAGCAGGCGGCCAUCCUCAUCCAGAGGACGUGGCACAGGUACAAAGCACGUCAACUGUGCGUGUCUAAACAAGCGACAAACACAACACUGUCCAGAGUCAACAAAGCCAAGACGAUAAAGGACAAAUCUUCCGAGCAGCUGAGCAAUGCCCAACAGAGAGCACUGGCAAGCAGAUCUCCUGUAAAACGCGCAUCAAAGAUCAAUGAGGAAAAGAUGAAGCUUGGCGGCAGCAGGAUAGCAGACGGGCCAUCAGCAGUGGGCAACAGUCACUCAGGGAUUCCCGAAGGUGCUCAAUCGGACGGCUCCGAGAUGGCUCCCCAUGCACCGCUUUGCUCUGAUCCUGAUGAGCGCUGGAGAAGAGAGAUGGCCGCUCUCACCAUCCAGCUCGCCUGGAAAAGAUUCCAUGCAAUCAGGGAGCACAGGCCGCACCGGUCGGCCAGAGGACGCUGCAGCAAAGUGGCCCCUCGGUGGGAUGCACGGGCGAGGGCAGCAGCACAGCUAGCCCUGAUACGGCGCGUCUACGGCGAGCCUCAGGGGCCAUGUGGACAGCGUGUGCCCAGGGUCUCCCCCAAGGCGAGCCUCGCCAGCCACUCUUCCCUGCGUGCCGUGGAUGGCGACUUGCUGGAGGCUGUCAACAACCCACGCCAGUUCUCCUACAACAUGUCGUCAGCGCGAUCCGAGGUCCUCUCGACGCGUGCCAAGCUGCCCUCAUCGUAGCCGCCUUCGUGACGGGGGGGUGAAGAGGGGAAAGGUGGUGAAGGCGGCGGACAGC